AUGGUGUCCUUUGAGAACAGGGCUCAGAUACCUUCCGAGAAAUUUUACUUGACUACUGCUAUUGCAUAUUUGAAUGGACCACCUCACGUGGGUCAUGCCUACGAGUUCGCCACAGCGGAUGUAAUUAGUCGGUAUCACGAAAUAGCUGGCCGUGACGUGCAUUUUGUGACAGGGUCAGAUGAGCACGGACAGAAGGUGGAGAACAUGGCGACUGCGAACAAUGUGACGCCUCAGGAGUGGUGUAAUAAGACAGUGAAUUAUUUCAAGACUCUGAAUGCUCGGUUGGACUUGGGUGAACACACGUACAUACGGACGACGGACAAGCACCACGAGGCGUUUGCUCAGUGGAUGUGGCGGCGGGUAGAGUCUCGGGGAGAUCUGUAUUUGGGUUCGUAUAAGGGAUGGUACAAUGUGAAGGAAGAGGCGUAUGUUACGGACCGGGAGGCGGAGAGUCACGGAUAUAAGAAUCCUGAGACGGGUAUUCCGUAUGAGCAGCGUGACGAGGAGGCGUACUUCUUCAGGAUGUCCAAGUACCACAAGCAGGUAGAAGAUCUCAUUCGCGAUACGGAUUUUGUGCAGCCGGCGAGUCGUCGGAACGAGCUUUUGCAACGACUUGAAAAGGCUCCACUUGAGGACCUGUGUGUGUCCCGAGUAAAUCUCAAGUGGGGCAUCCCGGUUCCCGACAAUGAUAAGCACGUCAUGUACGUGUGGUUCGACGCUUUGAGCAACUAUCUGAGUGCCAUUAGGUACAACGAAGAUGACAGUCCCACUAAAAAGUAUUGGCCAGCGGCGUGUCACCUCAUUGGGAAAGACAUCACUUGGUUCCAUUGCGUCAUCUGGCCAGCCAUGCUGCUCAGCGCAGAACUGCCGCUGCCAAAGGUUGUCUACGGCCAUGGAUUUGUGCAGGCAUGCGACGGCUCCAAAAUGAGCAAGAGCCUGAACAACGUCGUCUCACCCAUGGAGACCUUAGACCGAGUUCCGUCCGACUCCUUCCGCUACUACCUCGUCCGGGAGGGCCACUACGGCCAGGACAUCCGGUUCAACCCACCCGCGUUGGUCGACAUGCACAACUCCGACCUCUGCGCCACCUUCGGUAACUUGCUGCAUCGCGUUGUCGCCCUUGCCGUGAAGUACGAGGACGGCCAAAUACCUGACAUCUUUGCUCCGGAAAAAGGUAUUGAGAAUGCGACCCAAGGCGAUAUGACCCAAGGCGAGCACAAGCGAGUGGAUGCGGCCCAGGUAGAUGGCGUCAAGGACGAAGUCGUUGACUUUGUGACUGCGUUCAAUGAGGCGGAAACCGCCAUGCACAAUUACGCUCUGGAGAACUUGGCCAACGUCGGAAUCAGCCUGUGUCGUGACAUCAACAAGUACCUCACGGAUGCUGCGCCGUGGAAGAUCAAAGACGACCCGGAAAAACGCGCUACCGUUAUCAGAAAGUCGCUCGAAGGCAUCUACAUCGCUGCGCACUUCCUCUACCCGGUCAUUCCCCAGGGAGCAGGCACGGUAUUCAAACGACUUGCAACGCCACCCAAGAAACUUUACCAGCUUGAUCCCCGUAUCAAUCUGACCACAGGCACCGUUCUCGAACCCGGAGAAGUCCUGUACGCCGUACUCCCUGUGGAUAUACUCGAAAAAACUGCCUAA